UUUAAUAACCGGUCACAUGAUGUUCCUCGCCUACCAUAAAGUAGGUAAACAUCGAGCGGUGUAGUUGUUUGGUAAAAGAAGACACACAAAGUGGUUAAAAAAAAUUACAAUGAGGAAUUUUCUUGUUAUAGCGCUCUUCUCGUUGGCUGUGUGCCAAAUUUUUGCUGACGAUAAAUUAGAAUGCUAUCAGUGCGAACCAGUGACCCAGGAAUGUGCCGUUGAAAAGGCAAAUGUGGUACCUUGUGGUUCUCAUAGCACCUCAAAGUGCAGUAAACAAGUGAAGAAAGGUUCUAGUGAUGAAAGCAAAGCUAUAAGAAAAUGUGUGGUUCCUGAUAAAAACGGUCAAGUUUUAUGCCCCGACAAUUACGAUUGUACCAACUGUAAUAGCGAUAAAUGCAAUUCUGGAUCAAACUUGAAAGUGACUUGGUUUAGUUUGGCUGCUGUUUUAUUUGCCGCUUUGUAUAUUUAAAGUAACAAAUUAAUGUAAAUAAAUGUAAAUUUUGUCGAGAAUAAAUUUUGGAACUUG